UAAUACAAAAAAUUUCCAUCAUAUUUGAUGAUAAUAGACAAAGAUGUUCAAAUUUGAUUACAAUGAUUUAUUGGCUUGAUCACGCUCGAUUAGAAUUGACCGAAAUGAUUAUUCAUCCAUGUCUAUUUCGGCAAUGGCCACAAAGUUCAGAAAAAAUUCUUGAACAAUUUGCACGUAUUACAUUAUAUCCGGAACAAUGGCAAAGGCUUAAAUUUCGUUUAAAACAAUUAGAUUUUAAAUUGGUACAUUAUGAACAACAAUUUCAUCAUUUAGAUUUUCAUAUCAAACAAUUAUCGAUUGAUCUAGCCAAUGGUGUUCGAUUGGCACGUAUUGUCCAGCUAUUAUUUCCGGAACGAUUUUCAAUAACAUUAUUAUCACAAAUGAAACCAGGUAAAGAUGUGGCCAAUGUCCGUUUAUUAUUUAAACAAUGUCAACCUAUUUUCAAUCAUUAUGAUAAGAAAUUUGAAUGGAAUGCGGAAAAUGCCGUUGCCAUUGCCGGGAAUUAUCGACAACAAACAUUGGAAACAUUACAAUCAUUGAUGCGUAUCGAAUUUAAUUUAUUAAUCGAACAAAGAUAUUGUUAUCAUUUGAAAAAGAUUGUCUUCAUUCAACGAUAUAUCCGUGGUAGAAAUGAAACUCGAAAAUUACGUGACGAAUUUUUAAGUUUACGUCAAGCGGCUAUUGUUGUUCAACGUCGUUAUCGUGCAAAAAUAGCCGCCAGGAAACAACGUUCGAAUUAUAUCAGAAUACGUGAGGCCACAAUCACAAUACAACGAUGGUUUCGAUGUCGUCGUAAUAUAAUGAUUUGUCGAAAUUAUAUUAAUAGAUUCUUGAGCCGCCGACAACAAGCUGCUCAAAACAUACAACGAUUUUGGCGUGGUUAUCGUUGUCGAAAACAAAUUUAUGAUGAAUAUCCAUUGCUUGGAAUCAUUUCAAUCAAUCUAAGCAAUUUUAAUCUCAAAACAUUGAUGACAAUCGGUACAAAAACCGAAAAGAUAUUGAAACGAAUGGAAAAAUUGGCAAAAAAUUCACUGAUAACCAAUCAUCAAGGUAUAGUUAAAAUGAUUUCCGAUCAAUUAAUUGGAGAUCUUAUCGAACUAUGCCAUUACACGGAUUGGUCAUUGGAAAUUCGUAAUUCUCUUUGCAACGAUGGCAAAACAUUAUUCAAUGGUGGAUUGAUCUACUCAUACGAAUGAAUCGUAGUGAACAACAU